UAAACGGCACUUUGCUGCGUGUGCUUGCUAGCUGCUAACAAAGAGAUCAACACAUCGUUAAGCAGCGCUCAAGUGAGUGUUGUGAUUAUUUGAAAAUGUGUAAAGUACAAAUGUUGAGAGCGUUGGUGAAUCAGCGACUAACGGCGGCAGUUGAAGAAAUAUUUCAAGUGUUUCAAAGAACGAUAGCAGAGUACGAGGAGGAACUUUCUCGAACAAAAGAGGAGAACGAGCGGCAGCGUCAAAUCCUGGACGCUAUUUUCAAGAAGCCUCGAGUUGUGUUAUACAGAGAAGAAGUCAGUGCAGAACAUCUUCCACCUGAUCAGGAGGAGCCACAGCCCCCCCACGUUAAAGAGGAAGAGAAUGAUCACAGCAUCAGUCAGGAGAAAGAGCAUCUUGAAGGACUAGAGAAGUUUCCAGGGAUUGGUGUCCCUGUGAAGACUGAAGAUGAUGAAGACAAAGGUGGAAGUGAGGAGAAGAGAGGGGGGGGGCCUCCAAGCAGCCCCUCGACUCAACACAUGACAACAGAAGCUGAUGGAGACCACUGUGGAGGAUCACAAGCAGGCAAUGGAUUAGCUCCACUAUCAGAUAAUGACAACACGUCACUCUCUCCUGACACUGAUGAUGAAGACUUGCAUACUCCCCCCUACAGGAGGAACUGGACGUCGGCGUCACCCUCCAUACCUGAGAGAGAGUCUCAAGAACGGCUGAUGGGAUUUGUAGUCUUUAUAGUGAUACAACAAUGGCAUGGCAAGGACUGAAGGUCCAUUUUUCAACAAAAAAAACACACACACCCAAAGACCAGUGCGCAGGUAAGUUUCGAAAAACGCCUCCCACUAUCAGCUCCACUCCUGCAGCCUUGACGAACCUGCCAUGCAAGCUGGAGAUGGGCGGAUCGACCCAAUUAUCGAUGGCGUCAAUACCACGUGUAGUAGUAUCGCGUCGAUUGUAGCGUGAGUCUCAAAUAUCUGUUCAUAUUGCUACAUUGCUAUUUAUAUAUUACUAUAUUCUUAUUAUUACUGGACACAGGAACUGAACAUGAACUGCAUCAAUCGGAACAACAACCACAAGUGGUGGAGUGGCGGCCGAGUAUGUGGAUAAAAAUCUGAACUAUAAAGUAGUAAAGAACAUGUCAUUUGCUCUUGAUAACAUUUCAAAAUGCAUAAAUCAGUAAAGAGAAAAGUAAAAAUGUACUAGUAAGUUGUAUACUGUAUAUAGAACAAGUCUCGCAUUGAGAUAUUUGAGGAUUGGAUCAAAGCAACAUUCACAGACAUUAGCCAAAAAACAAUCUUUGUUUGUGGAGAUUUCAACAUUGACCUUCUGAAUUAAAAUAAGCAAAACAGAAUAGAUAACUUUACAGAUACAAAGCACAGUUUAAGUCUUUAUCCUAAAACCACCAGGCCAAGUAGAAGUACGGAUCACUGCGCAACAUUAAUUGAUAACAUAUUCACCAAUCAUUUCGAUAACAACACGAUUGGAUUACUAAUUAAUGAUAUUACUGACCAUCUUCCAGUGUUUAUAAUGAAAACUAUAAAAAGAGAAAGAAGGACGAUAUCAGGACAUUCAGAAGAUCACAUACAGAGGAAAGUAUUAGCGCUUUUAGGAAAGAUUUGGAAAAACAAAGAUGGGAGUGCGUAUAUAGUGAGAAUGACGUGAACGAGGCAUAUAAAAACUUUCUUAAUAGUCAUAUGAAGUGCUAUAACAGACAUUGUCCACUGAGAGAAGUAUCUAAUAAGCAAAAUUUUAAAAAAUGAGUUACUCGCGGACAGUCAAUAGGGAUAUAGAACUAAUAUUUCAACUUCCAUGACACUAAUUGAAAUUACAGAGGAAAUCUCCAAUGCUAUAGAUCACAGAAAGUGCGCGGCUGCAGUAUUUAUGGAUUUAACAAAAGCCUCCGACACAAUUAAUCAUGAUAUCCUAAUCACAAAACUAGAAACGUAUGGAAUCAGAGGUUUAGUCUUGAAUUGGGUUAAAAGCUACUCAGCAGACAGGAGGCAAUAUGUGAAGCUACUGUAGGAGGUAAACAUAUCAUGCGGCGUACCCCAGGGGUCAAUCCUAGGACCAAAACUAUUCAAUCUAUAUAUAAACGACAUCUGUAAAGUCCCGAGAGACCUAACGCCAGUAUUAUUUGCAGACGAUACAACCGCAUUGUGUUCUGGAGAUACUGUAGCCCACCCGAGCUAGUACAACAAAUCACAGAUGAACUAACAAUACUAAAAAGAUGGUUUGAUAAAAACAGACUAUCCCUGAACCUCAGUAAAACUAAAGUAAUGCUAUUUGGUAAGUGCAAAAAGGAAACGUAUCAGCAAACACAAAUUGAUGGUGUAGACAUUGACAGGGUGAACGAAAAUUAAUUUCUCGGGGUUAUAAUAGACGAGAAGAUGAACUGGAAAUCUCACAUUAAAAAUGUACAACAUAAAGUGGCAAGAAACACCUCAAUACUGAAUAAAGCACAAUUUGUCCUUGACCAAAAAGCACUACAUAAGCUCUGCUGCUCACUGAUAUCAGCAUAUGUAACUUAUUGUGCCGAGUUAUGGGGUAAUGACUACAGAAGUGCACUCCAGCCACUAACUGUGCUACAAAAAGGUCACUCGGGAUCGUCCAUAAUGCUGCUUACAGAGAACACACAAACUCUUGAUUUAUAAAAUCACAAUUAUUAAAAUUUGCGGAUCUAGUAAACUUUCAAACGGCUAAAAUGAUGCAUAAAGCAAACAAUAACAUCCCACCCAAAAAUGUAAAACAAUUCUAAUCAACGAGAGGAGAAAUAUGAUCUUAGGGGAAAAUUUAACCUGACACACUUCUAUGCACGGACAACACUGAAAACCUUCAGCAUUUCUGUACGUGGAAUCAAUUUGGGGAACGGACUGAGUAAGGAACGAUUUAAUAAGCGAUUUUAAGAAAAAGUACAAGCAGUUGAUGUUCACAAAAUACAAAGAAGAGACCUGAACUACUGUGUACAUACAAUACAACAUCUAACCACGACUACACUGACUACUAACUCUUCAUUGUGGUGAGUACAUGGUCUGUACUCACUCAUUAUCAACCAACCAUUUUAUCAAUUAUGAAGCCUCUAGCUUCCUUUUAGUAAGUAAAAACCUUGGCUAUGAUUGCACUACAUUGUCAUGUAGACCUACAAAGUACACUUGGAAGAACAAGAGGAGAAUAAAUGUAUUGAAACUGAUGAGGGGUAGGAUUAAAUAAGCUUUGCUUCUUCCUACUCCUUUUUGGACAUGCAAAAUUGUGAAUUGUACUAUGUGAUGUGCUACUGUUUGACUCAUGCAUGUUCAGGAUGAAUUAAACCAUUAAACAGGAAGAAUUUGAAUUACUAAUCGUUGUA